CAGGAGGAGAAGGGAAGGAGAAGCAGGGUUGAGGAACAAAACGGUCAAAGGAUGCACGUGGGAGGAGAAGGUGGGAUUGUGCAGGAGGAGGAGAAAUAGUAGGAGGAAGAGGAGUGUGAGGAAGAGUAGGGCCACAGGAGGAGGAGGAGGAGCAGGAAGAGGAAGAAGCACAAGGUUCCUCCCUCCCUGUAUGUGCAGUCCCAGGAGUGUUUCCCUGCCCACAGUCAGCAGGUGACUGGGGAGGGGUUCCACAAUUUUCACUGGGCUGAAUCUUGGUGUUUCUGAGCUUUAUUGGGAUAAAUGUUGGUGGUUUGUUUUUUUGCAGGGGCUGAAUCUUUCUGUUCUGGAGGGGGUUUUUCCUGGAUUUGCUGUUUGGUAGUUUUUGAUCUUUUUUUUGAUGUUUGGAGGAUGUUUGGACUGAAUCUUGGUGUUUUGGUUUGUUACAGACAGCAGAUGCCCAAUGACUUUCUGAGAUGAACUUGGGCAAGGAGGAACCCCCAGUCCAAGGCGUUCUCCUCUCUUUUUUUCCUCCUAACCAGGAAUUUUCCUUCCCAAACUGUGUCCAGAUGGAAGAGGAGGAGAAAAAGCCACAGAGAUCCCCCACAAGGAGGGUCUGCAAACCCAGUCCAGGGAGCUGCGAGGAGGAAAGAUCCCCCCAGUGCCAGGAACACGGCCAGAGAUCCAGCCGGAGCUCAGAGCUGGGGGAGAAGCCCCACAAGUGCUUGGAAUGUGGGAAGGGUUUCAGCUACAGGUCUAGCCUGAUCCGACACCAGGUAAUCCACACUGGGGAAAAGCCCUACGAGUGCUUGGAAUGUGGGAAGAGCUUCAGCCAGAGCUCCUACCUGAGGAAUCACCAGGUGAUCCACACUGGGGAACGGCCCUUUGAGUGUGGAAAAUGUGGGAAGAGUUUCAGAGAUAUCUUUGGCCUGAUGAGACAUCAGGUGAUCCACACGGGGGAACGGCCCUACACCUGCUUGGAAUGUGGGAAGAAUUUUGGUCACAGCGCCAGUCUGAGGGUACACCAGCGCAUCCACACUGGGGAGAGGCCCUACGAGUGUCCCAAGUGUGGGAAGAGGUUUCGGACCAGCUCCGAUGUCCUCCAACAUGAGCGGAUUCACACAGACGAGAGGCCCUUCCGCUGCCCCGACUGCGGGAAGGGCUUCAAGUACAACUCCGACCUCACCGUCCACCGGCGCAUCCACACUGGGGAGAGGCCCUACGAGUGUCCCCAGUGUGGGAAGAGCUUCUCCGGGAGCUCUGACUUGACCAAACACCAACGGAGGCACCAGUAAGGGAAGCCCUGUGAGUGCCCUGAGUGCGGGAAGAGCUUCGUGCGCUGCUCCAGCUCCAUCCCCCAUGGGAGGAUGGGCGUUGGAUGAUCCCCAGUGACCCCCGUUGGGCAGAGCCCUGGUGAUCCGUGGUCCUGGUGAUGCGUGUUGGGAAGACACCUGGCUGGGAGGCUCCACAUCUUCCUGGCUCCCUGUGGGCACCUGGAUGAACACAGGUGCAGGAACAUCCAUUGGGACACAGAUCAACAAUGGGAAUUCCUUUGGGAGAGUGGAUUUGUUGACUUUCAGUCCUAGUGAACCUUUUCCUGCUGCCUCAGGAGCUCUGUGGGCAGAGAAAAGGGGGUGAUACCAGAGUGGGGGUCCCUGGAGGGAGCACACACGUUCUUGGGGAGGGAGGACAUGACCCCUGGGACCCCCCCUCACCUUUUUGCUCAGGCAGAAGCUGAGCCCCAGUGCCAGGAAGACGAAGCCCAACAAAAAGCCCCCGAUCCUCAUCAGCUGUGAGCGGUGUCUGACAGCAUCCCUGGGGGGUCUGCAGAGGUCAGGACCCCCAAAACCUCUCACAGACACCCCAAGCCACUCCAAAGACCCUCCCAGUCUCUCCCAGCCCACCCAGGACCCUCUGAAAUCUCCUUUGGAGUCACUAAUUUAAAAAAAUUAAGAAUUUUAGAAAAAUUAGAGUUCUUAGCUAGAGAUAGGCCUUGCUGGAACUAGUUAAUGAUUAAGUGAGAAGCGGGAUCUGAGAUAAUGAAUCUCAGACUUAGGUAAAAAAUUCCUUUUCACUGUAUGUUUGUUCAACUGUGCUUAUAAUGAGAAAAGAGAAACUGAUAAACGGGUUCAGGAAGAUCACAGACCUUACAUCUGGAAACCCAUUUUAAAGUCACAAGGGAGAAAAUUGGAGUUGUACCAAAUGUCAUUUGUAAUGUCAACCAUUGUAAAGGUAGAAAGGUGAGAGUGAGGAAGAGCGGUUUUCCUUCAUCUCUUGAUGACCCCUCCUCACCAAAAUGACCCCCUCCUCAAAUUAGAGAGGUCUCAUCUGUGUAUUGAAAGGGUUAAUAUCUUGCCCAGGCCUGUGGCUGGUUACUCGCUCUCUGCUGGGGCAGCUGCCUGAGCUGUUCCUGCUGGAUGAUUUUCCCGUGGCUGCACUGGGAUCUCAGCAGCCAGGCCAGCACUCAGAGGCAGCUUCAGCUCCUCCUGCCCGGCAGCUUCUGCUGAAACUCAGCGGCAGGAGAAUUUCAGCCGAGCCGGGGGCUGGCCCGGCCCAGCAGCGCAGCUGGAAAGGGCUCGGCGGCCCCCGGGAACGGGACCCAGAGGCUUCCCGGGAGGGGCCAGCGCUGCAGCAGAGCCCGGCCCGGCCCCGCCAGGGCCCAACAGGGGCCGGACCCCCGAUACCUGCUCAGGGCCAGAAGAAAAAGAGAAAGAGGUUCCCAGGCUUGGGUUUUUGAAAUGUGGUACUCACAGAGGCAGAUCUAAUUUUGAAUGGUAAAAAACGUUGUCAGUUCUCAGAAUGAGCCAAAUAUUCUCACCCUGAAGAAUCUCAUUAAGAAGAACCUAAAGCACAGUGGAUAUCCUGCUGCAGUUUGGUGGUUUUUUUCAUUCCUACAUAGUCUACAUAAUGUUUGAAAUAAGUAGUGUUAUAAAUGACUUUCAAAUUUCCAAACAAUCAAUCUAAUUAAUUGAUAAAAUACUUUAAUAAAUUUGAAACAAAAUAAUAAAAGAAUACAAUUUAGUAAAAGAAUACAAUUUAGUAAGAAAGCUACAAUUUAGUAAAUAUAUUCAGGUACAUAUUUUUCUAUAUAUAUGUGCUGUUGAAGAAUGGCUCGCUUCUCGAUGCCACAGCUCCUUGGAAGGCCUGCACAACCCUGACUUUGAGCUAGCAUAAGUCCUUGGCAAAAUAUUGUAUCAGAGAAAUGAAGAAGACUAAGUGUUAAUAAGACAAUGAAGAAUAAGAAUUUAGGGUGAGAAAUCUGCUAAAUGUAUCUUAAUAAGCUUUACUAAAAGGUAUCUUCUAGAGCUUGGGUGUUAUGAGCUGGACCAAUAGAAAUGUAGAAAUUAAUGUGUGAAAACCAGCAAUUAUUCAAUCAUAGUAGAAUACAGAUGGCAUGUUAGCUUUUCAAAAUACUAUAAAAAUGUAGCUAAGAUUGUAAUAAAUUUGGAACAAGCUGCUAACUCA